GAAACUGAUCAAAGGAUCAUAUUGAGUCGGCUGAUAAUGAACGACGGCGAGGACUUUAGGGUUCAUGCUUCCAUGGAGAUUCCUAAGCUUGACAACAGAAGACAUGCCGAACCGAGGAUGAAGAAGAAGAGAAUGAAACCUGAAUCUCUUACAUCUCUUAACAAUCUUGAUGAUGGUUGCCUCAUGCAUAUCCUCAGCUUCCUAUCUCCAAUUCCAGAUAGGUAUAACACAGCACUCGUUUGCCACAGAUGGAGAUACCUGGCGUGUCAUCCUCGCUUGUGGCUACGCGUUGACCGUUUUUUGAAGGAUUAUUCCCAGCCUGGAGUUUUCCAGGACAUUGAGUCUGCCGUAUCUGCAGCGAGACCUGGUGAUACCAUUUUGAUAGGAGCUGGUGGGAAUCAUCUCGUUUCUAAUAUUCAGAUUAAAAAGCCUCUUUGCCUGAUUGGUGGAGGCGAGACUCCUGAUGAAACCACCCUCGUGUGUUCUCGAGGUUCAGACAGUGCCCUGGAACUGCUAUCAACCUGCAAGCUUGCAAACUUAACAGUGAAAGCCGAGCUUGGUUGCUGUUUGCUUCACAGGAGUGGAAGGGUAACCAUUGAUGGAUGUGUGCUUCAAUGUGAAACAAACCCUUUGGAUCAUCUCUCAUGCCCAAUCGUCAGCACUGCUGGAGAUGAAGAAGAAGAAAAUAUCUUGAGCCAUGUGGAAGUGAAGGAUACUGUUGUUGAAAGGAUUAAAGGCAACAGUGUUUGUGUUCUGCAGACAAGAAUCGAGGGAGGUGCAAAGGCUGUUUCCACAAGUGGAGACUUGGUUCUGCAGCGCGUUAGAGUCAUGUAUUCCAAGGCGUACCUCUAUUUCUGGUUUGAUGUAGAUCAUGAGUGAAAGUGGCUCUUUGUUGUAUGUUAGAUUUUAGUAUUCCUUUUCUUUCAACCUGUGACAUUUUGUAAUCUGUGGGGUUGGUUGGUGUUAUUGGUCAUCAUUAUAUGCACCAUCUCACUGUGUACUUUUUAUCUUUAUGUAUCUCCUUUAAGACAGAACAUGUCUCUUGGUCUUUGUUUAUGAUUUUGUUAACAAUAAAGUUGUUUUUCGG